AUGGGUGACCACUACGGUUUUUCGCUGACCACUUUCAGCCCAUCAGGUAAAUUAAUGCAGAUUGAAUAUGCUCUCAAUGCAGUGAAAAACGGGCAGCCUUCGGUAGGAUUGAGAGCGAAGGAUGGUGUGGUCUUGUCGACCGAAAACAUCGCGUCGGUCUUGUUCGAAGACCAGCCAAAAAUUGAAAAGAUUAGUCAACAUAUUGGAUGUGUUUACAGCGGUAUGGGACCCGACUUUCGUAUUUUGGUCAAGAGAGCUAGAAAAAUUGCCAUGGAGUAUGAAAUGAUGUAUGGUGAAGAGAUUCCUACUACGCAACUUGUUACGCAAAUCGCAGCUGUCAUGCAGGAGUAUACUCAAUCUGGUGGUGUUCGUCCUUUCGGCGUCUCGCUUCUAAUAGCUGGUUGGGACAAAACUCCUGGUCGACCACUUCUUUUCCAAAGUGACCCAUCGGGUGCAUAUUUCGCAUGGAAGGCUACAGCGCUUGGUAAGAAUGAUGUGAACGCUAAGACUUUUCUUGAGAAGAGAUACAGUGAGGCUCUUGAACUGGAUGAUGGAAUUCAUACGGCAUUGCUCACUCUUAGGGAAUCUUUCGAUGUGGGCAUGACCGAAGAUAACGUUGAGGUUGCUGUUUGUAAUGCGAAAGGGUUUCAGCGUCUGACAAAACAGCAGGUGAAAGAUCACUUAGGAGCUCUUUAG